AACCCGUCAAUCUUCAUCUCGAAUCAGCUGCCCAAGUUGAAGACAUCUUCACAGUCUCUUCUAUAGCAUCUCAUUCGCUUCAGUACUCGCAUAAAAUCAAACACUAAAACCGAAAGGUCUGGGGUUGUCUUUGAUUUGACUGCUUAGCAAUGGCGUCCAAGCAAUUGAGAAGAGAGAAUCAUGUUACAGAUGAACGUGAGACAGUGGUGAAGAAAGAUAGAGUCCCGAAAAUGACAACCCAUUUUGAGUCUCUUGCAGAAAAGGCGAGAGAUGAGCAACAUAAUGCUCCUGUUCAUGGUGAGAAACCCCACCAGUUUGAAACUCCUCCUGUCGGGAUACAAGUUUCUGGGUCAGAUAGGAUGAGAAGAGAGGAAGGGCUGGAAGAAGAGACUGAAAGAGAGAAAAGGGCUUCUCAAAUUCAUGCUGAAAAAGAAGAAAAAGAGCAGCAGGCUGCUGUCUAUGGCGAAAGAAAGGAAGGAACUGGUGAAAAGGAAAAUCACGGCGGAGAAGAGAGUCAGGUGCCUUCACUGGAGGAAAUUUCGAACUUGAGGGCGAAGGCGCAGCAGAACUCCACGGAAGCCAUCAGGGCGGCGGAGGAGAGGUACGAGAAGUCGAAAGAAAAGGGUGCGUCGGCCUUGCACAAGGCCAAGGAUUACACCGCGAAAAAAGCGGUGGCUGCAAAAGAAGUGGCGGUGGAAAGUGGCAAGGGGGUGGCAGAGUAUACGGGGAAAGUGGCUGCGGAAGUGAAGGAUCAUGCGAUUGUGGCCGGGUGGGGGGCAACGCAUUAUACUCUUGAGAAGGCGGCGGAGGCCACCAAGGCCGUGGCCGGCAUUACGUCGAGCGUUGCAGGGUAUACGGGUGAGAAGGUGGUGGUUGCAAAGGAUAAGGUUGCCGGUGCUGGGAAGAGUUUGGCGGGGUACGCCGGAGAGAAGAUAGCUGCUGCUAAGGAUGCGGUGGUGGCUACUGAGGAAAGUGCAGCUGAGUAUGCAGCUCGGAAGAAGGCCGCCGCUGAGAAAGAGUUAGAAGCAAAAAGAGCGUCACAUGAUAAGGGAGACUGGGGAGAAACAAUCGCUAGCAAGGAGCAGCAAUAUGCAGGGAACGAGCAAUGGGAAACACCAACAGAUGAAUUCCAGGAGUGGGAUCGGGAAGGAGCAGAAGAACACGGCCAAUCAGCACAAGAAUGGGGCAGCAGCAUCCUCCAUGCCAUCGGCGAAACUAUAGUGGAAAUAGGCCAAACAGCCAAGGAACUGCUCGUUGGCCGGCACCCGCCCCAAGUACUGAAACCGAACAACGAAGCAGAAUACACGGAGGAGACUCGUGCAGGAGAGCUGGUAAAGGAACUUAGAAAGAGUAUAUGAGGGCCUGGUAGUUCCAAUUUCAGAUGCAGAAUUCUGUCAGUAUCGGCCUUCUGAUCGGUUGGAACUCAUGAUGUAUAUAGACUCUGAUCUUCAUUCUCGUCCCCUUUUUGAGAGUAGUUCAUCAACCUUCGGAGCAUGUUGUAAUAAUAAUAAACAAGUAAUACCGAGUACAGUACGAAAUUCUCGUGAUGGUUUGUGUUACAAAUUGAACAAGGAUGGCAGUUAGCUGGCUACUCAAUUUCAUCUAAAAUUUGCACUUUUGAUCCCAUACAAUAGUAUAUGUAUUUUUUAUCCCACAAUUUAUGAG